AUGGAGGAAGACGGGCUUCUUAGAAACCCUACUGACAAUGCUGAUGUAGAUAAGUUGCGAGAGGCCUGCCAAAGUGCGUUGGAAAAAAUGCCCCAUCUUAAGGUAGACUCGGCGGAGUGGAGACGUGAAAAAAAGAAAAUUUGUGAGUACAAACUGUAUCUUCACAAUAUGGCAGAAAAACACGCAACUAAUUUCAAUUUAAGUAUGGAGUAUGACAUAAGAUUAUAUGAAGUGAUUACAAAACAUGGUAAAGCUGAAGAUCGUGCAAGAGGACUUUACAAAUGA